AUGCCUCAUUUCUCAAGUUUUCUUUUUAUUCUAUUCAUCACUUCACUAAAUCUUAGACACUCUCUCCCUCUCUCUCCAAUUUCAUCUUUCUCUUCCAUUCAAGAAACCUUUGAUUCUUCAUACAAUUUGUAUUAUAUAAAAUUAAUCCAAAGAACAGAUAUAAUCUCUCUUUUCCAAUAUUAUUAAUGCUUAUUUCUUGCAUCAGAAAUCGCAAUUCUCUAUCUUCCUUGCAACUACUUAAGAGAAGCUCAAAUUUUUGAGUGAUGAUGGGUAGUAAAAAGGUCUUGCACAGUUUCAUCUUCUUUCUCCUGGGUCUUCUCUUCUUUUCAGGUUUUAGUGCUGCAGAGAAGCCAUUGAUGGAAGAAACUUACAGUAAAGAACUGGAUCAAAAGAGAGAACUAAUACCUUUAUCAGCUUCUUCUCGACGAUCAAUCUUCAAAGUCGAGUCAAAAUCCUCUACAACUGAAAAAGAUGUCACAACUCCAAUCACAACAGUUCCUUUAAUCAACCCAAUGAAUCCUGGAACGUACACAAGUCCACUUGUAAAUCCACUUUCAAAUCCACCAGGACCUACUACAAAUCCAACAGGACCAAUUAUGACAAAUCCAACAAGUCCAACUAUGACAAAUCCAAAUAAUCCUUCAACUGCUGCAUCAUCAUCAGGGGGAAGUUGGUGUGUCGCCAGCCAGAGUGCUUCACAACCAGCCUUACAAGUUGCGCUUGACUAUGCCUGUGGAUAUGGCAAAGCCGAUUGUUCUGCAAUUCAAACAGCUGGAAAAUGUUAUAACCCAAAUACGCUUCGCGAUCAUGCAUCUUAUGCGUUCAAUGAAUACUACCAGAAGAAUCCGAGUCCUACUAGCUGCAAUUUUGGAGGAGCUGCUGUGAUCACCAAUGUCGACCCAAGCUCCGGAGCAUGUCAGUAUGGAUCAACCAGCACAAGUUCAUCAAUUCUGAACACAACAAACCCAACAGGAGCAACAAUUUUCGGCGCAGAACCAUCAGGACCCAGCGAUUCAGCAGCUUCGAUGUCUGAAAGCCUGCCUCUUGUUAUCACUUCAACAUGCCUCCUAAUGUCCUUUCUCUCCCUGAAUCUCUAAGAAAAUGAGAACUGCAGUCAGGUUACUCCUUUUACCUGCAUCAAAGACAUAGCAAUCUUCUCAAUCGCGACCCAUUACUCUUCUUUUAUACAGUAUAAUUAGGGUACUACAGGUUAUAUAAACAAGGAGCGCAUUUUCUCAAUAGCAUGUUCCUCCCCACAUUAUUAAGUUCAUAGCUAAACUAAAAUUUAGGAUCUCACUAUUAGCCGUGCAGUUGUGCUGCUCUAGUGCAGAAAAGAUAAACUGUAGUUUUAUAUAUAGUUCCUUUUUGUAGUGCUCAGACAGUAAGUGUUGAUUAAAGUUAAGUUGGAUUUUGGGGUUUCAAAUGCUAAAUAUAAUCACCGCAGCUAAUGAAAAAAUACGGUUAAUUCUUGUUCUCUGAAA